ACUGAUGGAUAAUUGCCUUGCUUCAUCUUUAAUUUUCCCCACUCCCCUACGCUUUCUCUACCCUCCGCCAGGACCACCACCUUCAUCUUUCAUCCGAUCUCACCUUACUCUCACUCAUGACACGUACAUAAUUCAUUCACAUUCAUCUCAAACCCACUAAACGACACUGCCCCACCGACUAUCGCAAAAAGCAAAGCAAGCAACCAAUGGAGAGAGAUUCGUCAGACGAAGAGGACGAUCGCGAGCACCUAAUUGAACAAAACGAUAGAAAGCACCACCAGAACGGCGUCCUCCCCACCUCAUCCCCAACACGCCGACGAUCCACAACAUUCGAUGUCGAAUCUCGGAUACGACACCGUUUCACCUUCAACAAGAGGUACUCUCUGUUGGCUGCUGCUAUAAUAUUCCUCCCCCUCUUCAUCUUAUUCCUUUCUUUCUCCACCGACAUUCGGAAUUUAUUUUCGACCCAUCUCAAGGUCGGGGAUUCCCUCUCUAUCCGAAUGCGCGAAUCCGAAUUACGCGCUCUUUAUCUGUUGAAAAAGCAGCAGCUCUCUCUCUUCUCUCUCUGGAAUUUCACUGGCAAUUCCACAUUGUUAGAAAAGGAUCUCAAUUCCGUUUCCUUUGAAGAUUUGAAAUCUGCAUUGCUAAAACAAAUUUCUUUAAAUAAAGAAAUCCAACAGGUUUUACUAGCCCCUCAUGAGUCAGGGAAUGUAUCGUCAUCGUCAUCAGAUUUAGAUUUUAGCAAUGCCGGUGGUUUCGUCCAGAGAUGUGAAAAAAUGGAUCAGAGAUUCGCUGACAGAAAAACAAUAGAAUGGAAACCGAAACCCAAUAAAUUUUUAUUCGCGCUUUGUUUAUCUGGGCAGAUGAGUAACCAUUUGAUUUGUUUAGAGAAACACAUGUUUUUCGCUGCAUUGUUGAAUCGGGUCUUGGUUAUCCCGAGCUCCAGGUUUGAUUAUCAGUAUAAUAGGGUUUUGGACAUUGAGCAUGUAAACGAUUGUUUGGGGAGGAAGGUUGUUGUUACCUUCGAGGAGUUUGUGGAAAUCAUGAAGAAUAAACCCCGUAUUGACAGGUUCUUUUGUUAUUUUUCUGAUCCUACUCCAUGUUAUGUUGAUGAAGAACAUGUCAAGAAGCUGAAGGGGUUGGGGGUUUCCAUGGGGAAACUUCAGUCCCCAUGGAAGGAGGAUAUUAAGAAGCCAAGCAAGCUUACUGUUAAGGAUGUUGAGGGGAAGUUUGUGAGUGAUGAUAAUGUUAUUGCUGUGGGAGAUGUGUUUUUUGCUGAUGUGGAGGAAGAGUGGAUUAUGCAGCCAGGUGGUCCUAUUGCUCAUAAAUGCAAGACUUUGAUCGAACCAACUAGGAUAAUUAUGCUCACUGCGCAGAGGUUUAUUCAAACUUUCUUGGGGAGUAACUUCAUUGCUCUCCAUUUUCGGCGUCAUGGAUUUUUGAAGUUCUGCAAUGCCAAGAAGCCAAGUUGCUUUUAUCCUGUUCCCCAAGCGGCAGAUUGCAUUGCUCGGGUGGUUGAAAGGGCCAAUGCACCUGUGGUAUAUCUCUCCACAGAUGCGGCAGAAAGUGAAACUGGUUUGCUGCAGUCACUAGUUGUGGUGAAUGGAAGGACUGUUCCACUUGUUACACGUCCUCCUCGUAAUUCAGCUGAAAAGUGGGAUGCUUUGUUGUACAGACAUGGCCUCCAGGAAGAUGCACAGGUGGAAGCUAUGCUGGAUAAGACAAUCUGUGCUAUGUCCAGUGUAUUCAUCGGAGCCUCUGGAUCCACUUUCACUGAGGACAUCUUCAGGCUGCGGAAGGGUUGGGAAUCAGCAUCUUCAUGCGAUGAGUACCUCUGCCAAGGUGAAUUACCUAAUUACAUUGCAGAAAAUGAAUGAAGAAGAUACAGGAAACUGGUAGAUGGUGCGCUGCCUCUUCAAUACACAUUAGUUCUUCGUGAUAAUCUGCCGGUGAGGCUGGUUUGUCAUGGAUACUCAAUAAAUCUGGAAAUAACUCCUUGGUUGAUGCCCAGUUCAGUUAGUGGUGCCGAAUUUCACCGUAGCAUGUAUUUUAGUGUGUACCAUAAUAGGUGUUUGUAUCUUGCACAUAGCCUUUUCGUUUCAUUGCUUCGGUCAUGGCUGAGUAUUAUUUUUGUAAUGCACAUGGUGUUGAAAACUAGUGACAGCAGCUGAAGAAAUCUCUUUUCCAUUUGUGUUGCUA